AAAGAGGUGUCUUUGGAGAUGAUAGAGCUGAAGGAGAAAGUUAAAGUGAAAAAUGAGAACAUGGCUUUCGCUAUGAAGUGUAUAAAGAAGAAACAUGUAGUGGACACCAAACAGCAAGAGCAUAUCCAUUCUGAGAAGAAAAUUCUCGAGCAGAUAUGUUCUCCAUUCAUUGUAAAACUAUAUCGCACAUUCAAAGACAGUAAGUAUGUAUACAUGCUACUGGAGGCUUGCCUGGGAGGGGAAUUGUGGAGCUUGCUGAGAGACAGAGGCAGCUUUGACGAAGCCACUACCAAGUUCUGUGUUGGGUGUGUGACAGAGGCUUUUGACUAUCUACAUCACAUAGGAAUUAUCUACAGAGACCUGAAGCCAGAAAAUUUAAUUUUGGAUACUGAAGGAUAUAUAAAACUGGUUGAUUUUGGAUUUGCAAAGAAGAUCGGAUCAGGGCAGAAAACCUGGACGUUUUGUGGAACCCCUGAAUAUGUUGCCCCUGAAGUCAUUCUGAGUAAAGGCCAUGACUUCAGUGUGGAUUUUUGGUCCCUUGGGAUUCUUGUGUAUGAACUCCUUACUGGCAGUCCACCAUUCUCUGGGGCUGAUCAAAUGAUGACAUAUAAUUUGAUUCUCAAAGGCAUUGAAAAGCUGGAUUUUCCUAAAAUAAUAACAAGGAGGCCUGAGGAUUUGAUCCGUAGACUCUGCAGGCAAAACCCUACAGAAAGGUUAGGCAAUCUGAGGAAUGGAAUUAAUGACAUCAAGAAACACAGGUGGUUGAGUGGUUUUAACUGGGAUGGUCUGAAAGUGAGGAAAUUAACAUCGCCUUUAAAAAGAGAGUUGUCUGGACCAACUGAUUACAGCUACUUUGACAGCUAUCCACCUGAAGAGGGAACCCCUCCAGAUGAACUUUCGGGCUGGGACAAGGACUUCUGACACUUUUUUCUUCCAGGACAUUUAUAGAGACUCAUAGGCAUCAGUUCUAAAUCAGCUCUCUUGUUUCUUGCUUAAAAUCAAAUUACACAAGGUUUGUGAUAAAAACAAUAUUCCUUGAAAGAUAGAAGACAGUACAGCAACCAGAACUUGUUUGGCUAAUGCACCAAAAUCAGCGUGCAUCUCUUUAUAACAAGGGCAUGCAUUUGGUCAACAGAUGUAACC